AUGCUCCAAUAUGCCCCAAGAUGUCUCAACAUGCUCCAAGAUACUCCUAAAAUGCCCCAAUAUGCCCCAAGAUGUCUCAAUAUGCUCCAAGAUACUCCUAAAAUGCCCCAAGAUGGUGCCACAAUGUAUCCCCAAGAUGCUCUCAAGAUGCUCCCCAAAUGCUCCAAGACGCUCCAUCUCAUUUGCAUACAACCAUAUGAGAACUGCAUGACUAAACAGACAGGUAUAAAGUUCAUAGUUUAUCCACCACAGCCCGCCUGCCCGCGCCCCGGCCUCCCACGCCCACGCCCACAGCCCGUCCACGCCUCCGUCUCCCACGCCCACAGCCAGCCCACGCCUCUGUCUCCCACGCCCACAACUCCCUACGCCUUCUUCUCCCACGCCCAAAGCCCGCCCACGCCUCCGUCUCCACGCCCACAGCCAGCCCACGCCUCUGUCUCCCACGCCCACAACUCCCCUACGCCUUUCUCCCACGCCCAAAGCCCGCCCACGCCUCCGUCUUCCACGCCCAAAAUAAGUUACGACAAAAAAUC